GCAAAGCGAACGGAAAGGUGUGCGGACCAAGGGGGCGGGGAGCGAAGAGCAAGUGACGAACUUACGGCCAACAGCAGCAGCAGCAGCAACAACAACAACGGCAACCGGCCCGUUUGGAGCAGCGCGCAUGCCACACACAGUUUAAAUAUGUGAAAUUAGUACAAAUCGUGAUUUCAACAGCGAACGACGAGCGACGAACGAGCGUCGACGAAGUGGCGACAAAAAAAAGCUCGAGCGAGUAGCCGCAGCAACAACAACAGCAAAGGCAGCAACACCAAUAGCCACAAGCAACAACAGUGGCAGCCACAGCAACAACAAGUUACCCCACAAUACCUAAAGCAGCCACUGGUCCAAAACGCAAAGUAGCAGCAAUAUCAGCAGAUGCCACAACUGCAACAACAACAAGAGCAACAUCAACGCCAAGAAAGAUGAUGAUGAACGCCCACAAAUUAACCAACAACACAACAUUCUGAAGCAACAACUUUUUAAAUAUAAUUUGAAACUAUUACACAAACAACAAUUACUUCAGUAAAUCAACAAGUACACCAACUAAAAAACCAAUAACUUGCCCCAUAAGUCACCAACACUUAUCCCAAUAGCUAAAAGCACCGCACGUGUUGGAACACCAAUAAUUAUAACAACAAAGCCACCUCAACAGCAGAACCAGCUUAUCCCAGACCAAUACUUACACCAACAACAACAAACACAUCAAACAUAGAUCAACUAAUUAAUACACCAACGAAAUAAACAACAACCACAGCAAAAAGAACACCAACGUAUUCAACAGCCACAACAACAACCAAUUUUUACAACAACCAACAUUGGUGUUCGUUGGUCGAGUGGCAACAACAACAGCAUGCAAUAAAACAGCUGAUAGCUGAUAGCAACAAUAACAACAACAAAGCCUGGCAUUAUCAAGCGAGCAACAGGUCGCGAAAAAAAAACAAAAAGCCCGCCUGCUGCAGCACUCACACCACAAACGCACGCACACACGUACAGAGAAGAGCGGGUGUGUGUGAGAGAGAGAGGCAAAAGGCGAGUCGCACACCUUUGCGUUGAUUUUGGACGAGGCGACGUCGCUCGCCAGCUGGCGCUCUCACUCCCGCUCCCGCUGACUCUCCUGCUCUCUCUCUCGCACAAAGUGCAGCUGAGCUGCCGCCGCUGCUGCCGCCGCCGCCGCCGCACUUGUUGCCGCUGCCACAAAUACAACACAACCAGCUGAAACGCUCAACGCUCGCCGCCGCCGCUGCCGCCAGUCGAAAGUCAAAAGCAACGUGUUGUGGACGCUUUUUUCGUCGCGUCGUUGCGUUGCGUUCUCUCGCUCUCUCUCUCACUCCUACUCCUAUCACCUACACCACCCACUCACCACCCGCCACAGCCAACAACCACCCCAACCCCCGUCCGGCCGGGAAAACUUUCACCAUACACCAACAACAACAACAAUGUCCAGCAGCGCAGCCACAGCGCAAUUCAAGCUCGAUGCCAACUCCAAUGCCAUUGCUUUGAUAGCCGAUGUUGCCUCGCACCCGCUGCCACUACCCCUUUCGCCCACGUCCACGACCACGCCCACUGCAACGGGGACGGCAACAACAACACCAGCGGAUCGCGUUGAAUGGUCCCGCUCCACGAUCCUCAACUUCAUCGAGGACUAUCGCAGACAGCGAGUCCUUUGGGACCCCAAUACGAAGGGCUACCACAUCAAGCAGACCAAAUACGAGGCUUUAAAGCUAUUGAGCCACAAAUAUGGAACGGAAAUAAGAUCUAUACGAUCCAAGAUCAAGUCGCUGCGCAGCUCUUUCCAUCGGGAACAUGGCAAGGUUCUGAGCGGGCGAAGUCGGGGGGUGAUCUACCAACCCAUGUGGUUUGCCUACGAGGCCAUAAGGUUCAUCCUCGACGGCGAAAGGGAUCAGGAUCAAGAUCUAGAUGCCGAGGCGAAAACGGAAGCAGAUGAAAAGCUAACCCUGAUGCACAGUCUGGAUUUGGAGCAACUGAAGGCGGAGAAGCUGGUAGAUAGGGACAUAAUACUGCAGGUGGAACAGCAACAACAACACGAUGAGCUUACCGCUCGGAUUGCGGCCACUGUGGCCGCCGUUGCUGCCGCUGCGGCUGCGGCAAAUGCCCGGGAUCGGGAGCGGGAAGUGGAUACCGCUGACGAAAUGGAUACCGCUCGGGAAAUGGAACUCGAGGAGGCAGCGGCCGGUGGCGCUUUAAUCGAAUCCUCCUCGGCGGCUGUGACACGUUCCUCUUCCGAUUUGGAUGGCGAGAAUUACUGCAAUAUCAGCGCCGAAGAUGUGAAAACAGAAAUUAUCGAACACGAAUCGGAGCUGGGGAUACUGGAUCGACGGACGAGCACGCCAUCGCCCAUAAAUUACUACAAGCCGACGGAUCUAACGUACAACCACCGCAAGCGCAAGGCGAUGGGCGUGGAUCACGUUAUGGGCGCUUUGACAUUGACGCCCAUCAAGGCGGUGGGCGGAGCGGGGGCGGGGGCGGUCGGAUCCGCCGGCCAGCAGCAGCAGCAGCAGCAGCAGAUGAACCACAGCCAGCUCGCGUUUCAGGCGCUCCAGCAGCACUUCAACCACAAUCAUAGUCUCAGCUUGAGCCACUGCAACGGGCAACCGCAGCAGCAGCACCAGCAGCAGCAACAAUCGUUGCAUCUGCAACAGCAACAACAUUCCAGUAACAUGGCACAAAAACGUGAUCGUGAUCGUGAUCUCUCAACGUCAAAUGGCAACAACGGCAACAGUAACUGCAAUAACAGCAGCAACCACAACACCAGCAACACCUCACUGGACCCAGCAGCAACAUCGAGCAAUUGCAGUUCCAGCAGCAACACCGGUGCCACGCCCCCCAAACUGCUCAUCGGGGGCGGUGGACUGAGUGCCAAUCAUGUGGACGAAUAUGGGGUAUUCGGUGAAUAUGUGGCCGUAACCAUACGCAAACUGAAGACAUCCAAAUCGAAGAUUGUGGUGAAGCACCUGAUCAACAAUCUACUCUAUGAAGCCGAACUGGGUAAAUACGAUCAAGGGAUGCCGGCCAGCAGGGAGCCACCGCAGCUGUAUAAUAUGCAAUAGAACUAGAAAAUACCAGGAUCAGGAUUCGUUAGUAGAUUAUAGUCCGCCAAAACCAAUAUAUAGAGAAACUACGGGGGAGAGACAACGCACUAGUCAGCAAAGCAACAAUGGGUCAAAUACCAGAGCCAACAAUUCUAAAAACCGGGGGUUUUUUUUUGUAUAAACACGGGUUUAGCGGGGGACAUUAGCAUUUCAUUCAGGGACAAAGACCAUAUAAGUACUUUAUCUAUAUACAUUUAUAAACACAUAAACGAUAUCAGUGAGUAUAUCCGAAGUCAGUCAGUCAAAGGAGUGCAGUUGAAGAAGUUAGGGGGUGAAACAAACAUACCAUUAACUAAAUUGAAUUAAUUAUAAAUGCUUUACGUUAACUGUGUACUUUUAUGCACACACACCCAUAUACACAUACGUAUAUGUAUAUUUUACGUUUAUAAACACAAAAAAAAAAAUUUAUGAUUAUCGUUUUUUGAUUUCACCAGCGUUAUAUUUUUGAUUUUUGUUUUAUUAUAUUUACAUUUGGCAAUAACACUUUGAACUCAGGUGCCUUUAUUUUUUUAGUCCAUUAAGCCUUGUUAUCUUAUGCAUAAACGCGAAACAGCAAACAAACGCGAAAUGAUUGCAAAAAAUCGACAUGUAAAGCAAAUAAAUGAAGCCGUAACAACAUGUAAAUUUAAUUAACUUUUUAUCACAUAUGCAAAUCCAUAUGUAUAAACUUAACUCUGUAAAUAGUCUAAAAAAAUAAGAGAAGAGAGAAUAAUGAAACAUGAAAUGUGCAAAUCUUAAUUUUUGUUAUGCAUAACUAAUUUGAAUCGAGCGAAGUGCUCCAAAUAAAAAUGCAGAAAUGUUGAAUUUCAUUUUGAAAAUGA